ACCAGUCAAAAAUUUAAUCGCAGAGCGUCGAGUCGAUGUUUUUAAGAGUUACCUGUCGCGUUAUAAGAGUUGUACUUUUUACCGUCUUUUUCACCGUCAAAAUUCGAUUUUUACCAUUUGAGAAACGGUUCAACAUGAGCGAUAAAUUUGAAUACAAGUUACAUGGAAAUGCAUAUCCAGAGUACGAAGUACUGCUGAAAAUCGGCGAUGGAACAUAUGGCAACGUGUACAAAGCAAAACAUAAGAAGUCGGGCGAAAUCGUUGCUUUUAAAGAAUUUAUCUGCGACGAUGCGAUAGAAGAGUUGCCAAAACCAGCUGUAUCCGAGAUCGAUGCUUACAAACAGCUUAAGCACGAUAAUAUCAUUACAUUCCUUGAUCAUAUGAAAAUUACGAUUCUAGAAAAUGCCGAACUUAAAUACUACGGCGUACUCAUGUUCGAGUGUGGCCAUUUCACCCUAAAAAGUUUCAUGUUCAAGCCUGGAUUUAUUAUUGAAAAUUUGGAAAUCAAAACAAUUAUGAGGCAGCUUCUUUCUGGACUGAACUACAUGCAUACGAACGAUUUUUUACAUAGAGAUUUGAAGCCGUCCAAUAUAGUAAUAACGAAGGAAGGAAUAACGAAAAUUAUAGAUUUAGGCAUGUCUAAAAAACUGCCGACAAUCGGCGUCGAUUCCGAAAUCAUAAUGACGAAUCGUGUAGGGCUUAGGUCUUAUAAAGCACCGGAAUUGUACUUUGGUGACGUUCAUUACGGAAAAUCUAUCGAUGUUUGGAGUGUUGGGUGCAUAUUUUACGAAUUCUAUUCGAGAAAGCUACUUUUCGAAGGAACUGACGGAAAAGACGUAUUAGACAAAAUAAUGAAAUCAUGUGGCACGCCGAUAGAUGGAAUUUGGCCAGACGUAAAGAAAUUACCAUUCUACGAGAACCUAAAAGAUUCCACGUCGAGAGAAAGAAAGAUUACUGACGAUUUUAAAAAGAUUGCCAAGGACGAAUUGUCGCACGAUUUAUUCGAUAACUUUAUAGUUUACGAUCCGGAAAAACGUAUCACAUGCUCGGACGCUUUAAAGCAUAAUUAUUUUGCGAAAUGUAAUCAACCUGACGUAUCCGAGCUUGUCAAGCGUUUCGACGCUUAUCAACAGGAUGAAAAAGCAAAUGAAAAGGAAAGGUGAAAAAAAAAAUUGUUCAUUCUAAAAAUUAUAAAUUCUAUGUUUACGAUACAAUUCCGUUCAGACGUCGCAAUAAUACAUCGUUGUGUAAUUA